GAUUUUGCGACGGCAGAAGAUGCGAAAGCCGUUUGCGCUUUACGGCCACCGUAAGAACCACCGUACUAGCUCGCCCGGCAGGUCUUCUUGCCUCGGCGCGGUCCUCGUCCGCACUUUACGGUCAGGCGGGAGAGGCGGGGAAGAUGUCUGAGAGGAGGCGUGGAACCGGCGGGAGAAACGAGGCGCCCGAAACAACGGCGGCGGCGGCGGCGGCGGCGGCAACAGAGAUGCCGACCAAGAAGCAGAAGCUCAGCAGCGACGAGAACAGCAACCCCGGUGACCUCUCGGGAGACGAAAAUGACGAUGCUGUUAGUAUAGAGAGCGGUACUAAUACUGAACGCCCUGAUACUCCUACGAACACUCCGAAUGCGCCAGGAAGGAAAAGUUGGGGAAAAGGAAAAUGGAAGUCAAAGAAAUGCAAAUAUUCAUUUAAGUGUGUGAACAGCCUCAAGGAGGAUCACAGCCAACCGUUAUUUGGGGUGCAGUUUAAUUGGCACAGCAAGGAAGGCGAUCCUCUGGUAUUUGCCACUGUUGGCAGCAACCGGGUAACUUUAUAUGAAUGCCAUUCCCAAGGAGAAAUACGGUUAUUGCAAUCGUAUGUGGAUGCUGAUGCAGAUGAAAACUUUUAUACUUGUGCGUGGACUUACGACAGCAAUACAAGCCAUCCUCUUCUGGCAGUGGCUGGCUCCCGAGGCAUUAUUCGAAUAAUUAACCCCAUUACGAUGCAGUGUAUAAAGCACUAUGUGGGCCACGGAAAUGCAAUAAAUGAAUUGAAAUUUCACCCAAGGGAUCCAAAUCUUCUUUUGUCUGUUAGCAAAGAUCAUGCGCUCCGAUUAUGGAACAUUCAGACAGACACUUUGGUUGCGAUAUUUGGAGGGGUCGAAGGACACAGAGAUGAAGUUUUAAGUGCUGAUUAUGACCUGCUUGGGGAAAAGAUAAUGUCCUGUGGCAUGGAUCACUCUCUAAAGCUCUGGCGAAUCAAUUCAAAGAGAAUGAUAAAUGCCAUCAAAGAAUCCUAUGAGUACAAUCCCAAUAAAACGAAUAGGCCCUUUGUUUCUCAAAAGAUUCAUUUUCCUGACUUCUCUACAAGAGACAUACAUAGAAAUUAUGUAGACUGUGUGAGAUGGCUGGGUGAUCUGAUCCUUUCCAAGUCUUGUGAAAAUGCCAUUGUAUGCUGGAAACCAGGCAAAAUGGAAGACAACAUAGAUAAAAUUAAGCCCAGCGAGUCAAAUGUGACCAUUUUAGGGCGAUUUGAUUAUAGCCAAUGUGAUAUUUGGUAUAUGAGGUUUUCUAUGGAUUUCUGGCAAAAGAUGCUGGCAUUGGGCAAUCAAGUUGGCAAACUCUACGUAUGGGACUUAGAAGUAGAAGAUCCGCAUAAAGCAAAGUGCACAACUCUUACUCAUCCAAAGUGCGCUGCUGCUAUCCGACAAACCAGCUUUAGCAGAGACAGUAGUAUCCUUAUAGCUGUGUGUGAUGAUGCCAGCAUUUGGCGCUGGGACAGACUUCGAUAAAUUACGGCUUCCUGAGACUCAUACUGCUUUUUUGCCAUAAUAAUUUCUUACCUGCUGAAAUGCUUUCAGAGUAAUCUUUCCUUGCUUCUGUCAACAGCUGAACUUAGAGAUGGUUACAUUUGAUUUGGUAGCAUUGUCCUUUUUAAAAAAUCCUUUUUUUAAAAUAAAAAAUAUUUUUGUACGUUUGAAAAAAAUAUUUUACUUUUGGUGUUUGAAAGCUGGAGAACUUCCUCUGUGUUAAAUAGAUAUUUGCUAAUUUGUAUGUUUGUGAACAAAACAGAUGAAAGUUUGUGCAUGACAGAGGCAGAUUUGAUAAGAUAAAGAGAACAUUGUUUUAUGCAGCAUUCUACCAACAGUUCCUUCAAAUGUGGGCUUCAUUAUUUUCAAGUAGCUAAUUUUAACGAUCAAAACUUGCUUGAAAACAUUGUGUUAUUUGAAAAGUCAGAUAUUGUAACUGAAUCAGGCUUACCAUAAUUCUAGCAAGGUUCCACUCAUUUCUUUUUCCCU